AUGCGUUUGGGACUGGGCAGGGUUUUAUUGGAGUUGCUUAAAGCGUGGUUUCCGAAUCGUGAUCCUUCAUCGAAGGCACCACCGGCUUUUGAGGGGCUGCUUGUGGUUCAUGUAGAGAUGGAUACGGAGCAUGGACAGGCUCAUCAAGAGGUGAGUACUUGUCUACGGCGCGUCGGUGCCACUGACGUCGACAAAAAGUGUCGCAGCUGAUCCAUGAUCCCUUGCUCGACGCUCAGCAGAAGCCAUCCACUGAGGACCUCAAAACCCUCGUCGACUCAAUCGGGAUCAAAGACGUCGAGUUCAUGUCCCUCCUUUUAUCCGAAAUCUUCAACGACCCCAGCACCCCCGAAUCCACUUCACAAACCGCUGUCGAGCGUCAUCAAAAACUCGUUCGAUUACUCCACCCAACACCUUCCCCAACCCCGAGCAAGACCAAGAUCGAUCAUACAUCCCUUGCAUCACUCCAAAGAUCUCUCCUACUCACCCUCUUGCGAAGAAAGGCGAGAGAAGAGAAAUGUGAGGUCUUGGUCACGGGGGAAGGGAGUGAUCGAGUGGCCGAGUUGACGAUCGAAGGGAUGGCUUUGGGUAGGGGGUAUGCCAUUGGGGAGGAGGUUGGGGUCGAGUGGGAGGUUUCGGAGGGGGAGAAGGCACAGGGAAAUGGUUUGUUGGUCGCUCGGCCGGUUUCGGGCAUACUUAGAGCCGAGAUGGACGAACUUGUCAGAGUCAAGCGACUCGUCGUUGCCCGACCCGACCGAGGCGAAGCUGCGGGUGGAGGACCGACGAUCCAAGCUGUCGUAGCCAAGUUCGUGAACGGCUUGCAGAAGGAAUUCCCGAGUACGGUACAGACCGUUUUGGCGACGGUGCACAAGUUGGGCAUGAGGAGUACGGAUGCGAGGAUGAGGAUCGAGGAGGGGGAGAUGGGGAGUGAGAGUUGGAAAGGGUGUGCGAUUUGCGGAGGGUCAGUAGUGCAGGCGUGAGCUGAACUGAGGAUUUUGUGAAAAUACUGAGUUUCUUUGGAGGGUCUGCUUAUUUCAGGCCAGUGCAAGAAGGUGCUCAUCGGUGGCGAACGGCGAUCACCAUGUCGGACUUGUUCGAAACCGACCCUGCUUCCGUCACUCGAUCGAUAGAGGAUGCCGAGCCCCAGACGGCGGCCAUCGGAAUCAGCGAAUCGAAACACGACGAUUCAGCGAACUCUCUCGAUUCUUCGUUAUGUUACGGCUGUCUUUCAAUUCCGAAAGCGAUUGCAAAGCCCGAGGAUCUGCCGAGUUACGUCGAGCAACAGCGUUGGAGUAGCGGGAGGAUGGAUGAUGUGGUCAAAGAAUUCCUGAUCGAGGAGUAG